AGUAGUUGGUGUUACUGCUGAACGCUGUAGUUAACCGCGGCGCGCGAGCCAGACACACGUGUACUAGAAGUGUUCGCUCUUAACAAUUCGGAAAUCGAAUAGAAUAAGAGACCUCGCUUAGUUUUACAGCGUGUUACAGAGUGCCGCCGGAUUGACUAACGUUGUGACAAAAAUGCUGUAAAAAGUUCAUAUAAAUACAUUUACAUAACAUAUUCGAAAUGUUAUUUGUAAUUAUUCCUUUCAAAGUGGACAUGUCCUUAUCAAUACAGUAGUAGAAUCGACUGCAUUAGUGCGGAUACCUUGUGACGAGAUGAGGAUCACACUUACAUGGAUUUUAUUCACGAUUUUGCCGUACAUAUUGAUGAACAUACAGUCGGCACAAAGCCAAAUAAUACAUCGCACCAGAUAUAACAAUGGCGAUCAAAAAAUAGAUACCGCUCAAUACACACCAAAGCAUGCAGAUGAUUCAGAAAACGAUGAACAAAUCAUAUCUGUGAGAAUAACAUCUUCAGUAGCUGUUGGAAGAGGAACAGGAAAAGUUAAACAAGAACCGAGUCCUCCCGUUAAAAUAAAUAUUUAUACUACUAAUGAACCUAUAACAACAGAGACUGCUGAUGUAACAGGGUCUUAUCCUUCAGCUACAAAUUACGAUUUUUUAACAAGCACUUAUCAAACGUCUGAGCCAAUAACGGACUUGCCACCACAUCUUGCCGGUGCUAAUAUUGAAUAUAUAAAACAAUUGCAAGCAAAAAAAGAAAAUCACGUUCCCAGUCAUUCAGAGCGUGUAUUUCAGGCCCGACCAAGUGAUAAUCAUUCUAAUGAAACUGUCGAUUCUGUAGCAGAUUCUUCAAUUCAAAACACAUCUGUUAUUGAAGAAAAAGAUGGUGAACUCGUAGAAAAUGUCCCGUUGGCUAGAUCUAUUCCUUUAUCAUAUUCUUCUAAAAGUUAUUUACAUAGACAAGGCGAAAACAAUCAGAAACUAACUACAGUAAGUUUUAAUGUUGUACAUGACACCCCUAAGUUACUAAAUUAUAACGAACAUAGCUCAAAGUAUAUGAAUCCAAGCCAGCCAGGACUGCCUGAGUAUUAUAACGAACCGUCAAAAGUGUACAGUGAACCGGCUCAAGUUUAUAGUGAACCUGCUAAAUUUUAUAGCGAACCCGCCAAAAUUUAUAGUGAGCCUGCGAAGGUGUAUAGUGAACCAGCCAAAAUAUAUAGCGAGCCAUCAAAGAUUUAUAGUGAACCAGCAAAAUUUUAUAGCGAACCAGCAUCCUUACACCUACGACCGGAAGAAAUUCCGACUAGCCGUAAUCCUUGGUUACAACGCACCGACACGACAGCUUACUCUAGCACUUACAGUACCACACCGCACAAUGUUGCCACCAAUCCUUCAUAUAGCAAACACAGAUUAACCGAACAUCAACCUGAAAAAAAUUAUGAAGUAGAUGAGAAAGUGAGCGUUAUGACCGAUGGUCGCAGCCACGGUGUUCAACCCAACAGCAAUCCUGAAAACUGUAAGCAAGAAAACUGUAAAGUAGGUUACGUAGUCGAAGGACGACAAUAUAGGAAAUAUAGGGUAGAAGAAAGAACUUCCGACGGCUUUAUAGUUGGGGAGUAUGGCGUAGUUAGAAACGAAGACGGAGCGUUGAGAGGUGUCCGGUACACAGCUGACAGUGAAGCUAGUCCUCGUCUGAUUCACGAUGCACUUAUGAAGUUCCUACAGCUCAAGUAGUUGGUAUAAUAUCAAUUUAUAUCAAACACUAGAAAUUGCUCAGUAAUCUAUUUGUUGCCAUUUUGAAACGAAUUUGUUUCGACUGCAUAUUUUUAAGUUCUGUAGGUUGUUUAAAAUAAACAUAUAGUAAGACUG